AUGAGACCUGAGAUAAUUUGCAUCACUGAAACACAUGUUAUAGAAGAUAUGGAAAAUAUCGAAUUGAAUAUAGAGAACUACAAUAAUAUAGGAAUGACUUCUGAAAAUAGAAGAACAGGAGGAGUGACAACAUAUCUGAGGAAAGAUAUUGCUUACAAAGAAAUAAAGAAUGUUGUAGAUAAUCAGAAUGAAAAAAAUAUGUGGAUAUGUAGUGCAGAAUUAAAAGGCAAAUAUGAGGGAAUAAUUGUUAGUAAUAUUUAUCACUCACCUAACCAAAGCCAUGAACAAUUUAUUAAUAGAUUAGUAGAAGAAGCAAAAAACAGAGAAAGGUCAAAACGAAACAACAACUUUGGUAUCAUAAAAAGAAGAGAUUAUAGUAAUUUUGAUAACGAAACUUUUAAGGAGUUAUUAGAAAAUAAAUGUAAGAAAUGGCUAGAGAAAGAGCAAAUUCAUAAUGAGUUUAAUCUUGACAGAAAAGUAGAAGCAUUGAUGCAAGUGAUGAUGGAAAGUAUCGAUGCUAUUGCUCCAGUUAUCAUAAAAAGGGUAUCUUUAAAAUGGCAGAGUAAACCUUGGUUUAAUAAACAAAUUGAAAAAAAAAUACGUCAAAAGGAUGCAAUGUAUAUAAAAGCCAAGAGAGAAAAAUGUGACAGUAAGUGGUGUGAAUACAGGAAACUACGUAAUGAAACAAUUGCAGAACUACGGAUAACUAAACAGAAUUAUUACGAAGAACAAAUCGUCAAACAUAAGCAAGAACCAAAGAGAAUGUGGAAAAAACUGAAGGAAAUUGUAGGUCAUAAAAGAAUAAGUGAGGGACCAAAAGAAAUUAUAUUCGAUGAAGUAAGUUAUACGGAUGAGAAAAUAAUAGCUGACAAGUUCAACAAUUAUUUCAUUGAAAGUAUAGAUAAAAUUGUCGAGGAACUGCAAGUAAAUGAACGUAGAGAACUGGAAUCCUAUCCUGUACUUUAUGAAACAAAGUUAGAUGAAUUUAUAAUUGCUUAUGUAAACCAAAUAGACAAAAUUAUAAAAAAAUUAGAUAAAAAUAAGGGAAAGAAUGAAAGCAUCUCUACUGAUAUUAUUAUUAAAAUAUGGAAUGUCAACACAAGUAUAAUCACUGAAUUAAUUAAUAGUAGCAUAGAAGAAGGUAUAGUUCCUGAAGCGUGGAAAAAUUCUCUGAUUUAUCCAAUCCAGAAAGUCAAAGGAAGUUUAAGAGCUGAAGACCAUCGACCGAUUAACACGCUACCUGUAUUGGAAAAAAUAUUAGAAGAAAUAAUUAAAAAACAGCUAGAAGAUCAUGUACAAAGAAAUAAUAUAAUAAGUGAUGAGCAAUCUGGAUUUAGGACUGGACAUUCAUGUGAGACAGCCUUGCAAAAGGUAAUAGGUGAAUGGAGAGACGGUUUUGAUAACGGAAAAAUGUUUGGAGUAUUGUUUCUUGACUUGAAGCGGGCGUUUGAGACGGUGAAUAUAAAUAAAUUAAUUGACAAACUAGAAAUGAAUUAUGGUAUAAGUGGUAAGGCAAUUAAAUGGUUAGCAUCAUAUUUGACAAGUAGAACGCAACAAGUUCAGUAUGGAAAAGUAUUGUCAGAAAAAAAUAUAGUAAAAAAUGGUGUACCGCAAGGUUCAAAGCUUGGUCCACUGCUUUUCAUAUUGUAUAUUAAUGACAUUGUUAGAAUUGCAAAAAGGGUUAUUUCGUACAUCUAA